AAAGAUGCUCAGAGGGCUUUCGUUUCUCGUGCCUUCUCGGUUGCUAGGAGGGGGCCUGGCUCCAGCUUCUCAGUACUGAACAGGUGAAGAUGUCCACUAUGACCCAGAAGUAUUUCCUGGAAGGUCAGACAUAUUCUGUUCCCCUCAUCCAACCUGACCUCCGCAGGGAAGAAGCUAUUCAUCAGAUAGCAGACACCCUUCAAUAUCUGCAAAAAAUCUCAGGUGACAUCUUCAACAGGAUCUCCCAACAAGUGGAAACCAGCCGGGCACAGCUGCGAGCAAUCAAUGAGAGGGUCACCCUUGCCCAAGCCAAAAUUGAGAAGAUAAAAGGCAGCAAGAAGGCUAUAAAGGUGUUUUCCAGUUCCAAAUACCCUGCCCCAGAACGGCUGCAAGAAUAUGCUUCCAUUUUCACUGGCGCUCAGGAUUCAGAGGCACAGAAACAACCGAGGCACAAGAUUCAGAGCAAGCACAGACCCUUGGAUGAGAAGUCCUUACAGGAGAAGUUGAAGUACUUCCCGGUUUCAGUUACCACCAGAGUCCAUCAUGAAGAUGAUGCAGAAGAAGGCCUGGGCAGUCUUCCCAGAAACAUUAGCUCCCUCAGCUCCCUGUUGCUCUUCAACACUACCGAGAACCUGUAUAAGAAAUACGUCUUUCUCGAUCCUUUGGCUGGCGCAGUAACCAAAACCCAUGUGGCUCUGGAGACAGAGAGAGAAGAAAAGCUUUUUGAUGCCCCCCUCUCUAUCACCAAGAGGGGGCAAAUUGAUCAGCUGGUGGCUGAAAAUUACUUCUAUGUGCCAGACCUAGGGCAGGUACCCGAGAUAGAUGUGCCAUCCUAUCUGCCUGACUUGCCUGGCAUUGCCGCAGACCUCAUGUACAGUGCUGACCUUGGCCCUGGCAUCGCACCAUCUGCUCCUGGGGUUGCUCUACCUGAGCUGCCCACCUUCAGCACAGAACCCGCAGAGGUCUACCGACAAGAUCUUCAAGAGGGGGGACCUCCCCCUCCUCCCCCUCCUCCUCCUCCUCCCCCUCCCUCUGAAAUUCCUGUUCAUAUCCCACCUCCCCCUCCUCUUCCACAAGCACCACCCCCUUCUGAAUCUCAAAUGAGAGAAGACAGAAACAAUGCCAUGCCAUCUGCUGCUGUUCAAGGAGCACCAAAGGAAGUUGUGAACCCAUCAAAUGGCCGGGCCACUCUUCUGGAAUCCAUCCGCCAAGCUGGUGGCAUUGGGAAAGCCAAUCUCCGUAGUGUCAAAGAGAGGAAACUAGAAAAGAAAAAGCAGAAGGAGAAGGAGCAAGUGGGAGCUACUGGGCAAGGCGGAGAUCUGAUGUCAGAUCUUUUUAACAAACUGGUCCUCCGGCGCAAAGGCAUCUCGGGCAAAGGACCAGCAGCUGGUGGAGACAGCAAUGCGCCCAAUGUGCCAGCUGGUGCCUUUGGCCGCAUCUCAGACACCAUUCCGCCCCUGCCACCCCCACAACAGCCAGCUGGGGAAGAGGACGAAGAUGACUGGGCUUCCUAGAAGAACAUAUGAGGCGCAUCUUGUUGUUUGACAUGUCCAUCUUUUUUUAGAAUACUCACGACAGUGGAUAUUGCCAUCUUGCCAUCCAAUCCAGAAUAGCAACAUGAAUAUAAUUACGCACAAAGAAGAAUCUGCCACCGUGCAAUUUGUCUUCAAGGACGAGAGCUAGUUUCCAUCUUAGAAAAAAGCCUCCAUGAUCAAACAUGGCAUGUUUGGCCAUCUGUGUCAAGACUCGGCUUGCUGGGAACUGGGAGGUUUCAGAGGGUACCCAGCUACUGCUGAGAACAGCUUCAGUUUUCUUUCAACACUCAUAUCCUUUUCAGCUCUGUAAAGAAGGGCAUUUGCCUGUUCAGAGCAAUUAUUAUAUAUAAAUAAGCAUUUUACUCUACUUACUUUGAAUGCCCUAAAUGAAAAUCUGAAAGAAAUCUGUUUUCGCAUCUGUGUGCAAUAAGAACCCAUUUCAGGGGACAAAACUGGAAUUGAGGGAGGUACAUUAUUAGCUUGCAUAUUGGAAAAUGUAUUAACCUUUCAAAAAAAAAGGCACACUUUGCUUUCCCUUCCUUUUCCUGUCUUCUUCCUUUCAAUUUCUUGUUGUGGAAGGUAGUAUUUGUUUGCAGCAUCAGGAUGGAAACUCAACGUGCGAAGACCAUACAAGCAGUCCUCGUCUUAAGCAACCACAAUUGAGCCCAAAAAUCGAUAUUGCUAAGUGAAACAUCUGUUAAGUGGAUUUUGCUCCAUUUUACAAGUGACCUUGCCACAGUUGUUAUAUGAAUCCCUGCAAUUGUUAAGUUGGUAACACGGUUGUAAAGUGAAUCUGGUUUCCCGAUUGACUUUGCUUGUCCGAAGGUCGCAAAAGGGGAUCACGUGACCCACUGAACACUGCAACCGUCGUAAAUAGGAGUCAGUUGCCAAGUGUAUGAAUUUUGAUCAUGUGAUCUUGGGGAUGCAACGGUGUGAAAGUGUGAAAAGCAGUCCUAAGUCACUUUUUUCAGUGAACGGUCACUAAAUGAACUGUUGUAAGCCGAGGACUACCUGGACUAAGUAGUUCAAUUGUUCUGGGUAUCUUUGCACGUCGGCGGAAAUGAUUCUCAAGAUAUCCACCUAAGUGAGUCUUCUGGGCCAUCCUCACUGAACCAUGUUAUAUAAACCUCUCUAGUUUGCAAA